AUGAUAUCUUUCUCUGAUGAUGUUCGUCAUAUGACGCACAAAAACUUAGCACCUUUUUACCGGAAUCGAAGCAGAUUGCCUCGGAAACAGCGCCAGCGUGAAUCUUCCAGUAAAGUCAUUCGACAGCUGGUCAAGAGGAAUCCGCCGUCGUCUUCUGGUAUAAGACCGGCCUUCGAAUCUCUUCGCCCAAAACUCACUCGAAAUGGAAGCAAGCUCAACGAGUUAGAACUGCUCAAGCUAAAUUGA